GUUUAGAUCACACACACUGUAGCUCAUGAGUGAAGACAGCAGUGAGGAGGAGGGAAGGCUAGUGCAACCGCUUAGGAGGAUCACACGGAGAACCGCUCUUAGUCAACCAAUCACUUUCCAAGAGUUAGCUCCUGGGGAGGAAAGGAGAUUACGAAGGGAAGCAAGGGAGAGGGUAGCAGCGAGGAGGAUUAGGGACGCAGCAGCCAGCUCAGCGGCUGUGAUGGCUACUGGCGCCUCUACGUCAAAAACCUCUUCCCUGUCUUCUUCGCCAGGAGAAGGGCAGGGUGGAUCGGGUGUAGUUAGUCAAUUUGAUGGUUUGCAAGUCAGCCAACAGAGUCCAUUCACACCGGAGGAUUUAGAAAUCCGACAGGCAGAAGAACUUCAGGAUGAGCUGCAGCGGCAGUUCGACGAAGCAGCGGCAGUUCGACUAGGAAGUAGAGUGCAGGAGCUAGGCAGACUGGAAGGGCUAGAUGAGGCGGCAUUAGACCCUGUUGUCGGCGUGCUGCGUAGUGCUUUACUAUCAGUGGCAGAAGCGCAGAAUGUCCAACAGGAAUUGCUGAACGAACUGGUGGCAGGCUAGAAACAAAUCCUGGCUGAAUUU